AUGGCUUCAAAUUUAUUAUCCCUUUGCCUCAGCCUCUUAGUAUCUCUUGUGUUUCCUCCUACAGGCCAAUGGAAGGUGACAGGGCCAAACAAGAAUGUGCAGGCCUUGCUGGGUGAAGACACAGUAUUCUCCUGCUUCCUUUCUCCUGAGACAAAUGCGGAGGAGAUGGAAGUGAGGUUCUUUAAGGAUCGCUUCUCUACCGUGGUCCACCUCUACAGGAAUAGAAAAGACCAGAAACAUAUGCAGGAGCCAGCCUACCGAGGGAGGACUGUGCUGGUGAAGGACCUCAUGGCAGAUGGGCAUGUCUCCCUGGAACUAAGAAACAUCACCCUUUCAGAUGCUGGCCUGUAUGGGUGCUGGUUUAGCUCCCAGACUAAUGAAAAGGAAGCUAUCUGGGAGCUGCAGGUAUCAGCACUGGGCUCAACUCCUGUAAUUUCUGUCAUGGGAUAUCAUGAUGGAGGCAUCCAACUACUCUGCCAGUCCUUGGGCUGGUUCCCCCCGCCCAUAGUUAAAUGGAAAGACCCAAAAGGACAAGAUUUAUCCUCGGACUAUAAAACAACUAGAGACAAGAACAACCUAUUUAACGUGGAAACCUUCUUUAUACUCCAAGAAAAUACUGGGAACAUAUCAUGUUCCAUUCAGCUUGCUGAACACCUUCAAGAGGUGGAAUCCAGGGUGUGGAUAGGAGAGGUUUUCUUCAAGCCCUCAUCCUGGCGCCUGCCUGCUAUUUUCCUGGGAAUACUCAACUUUGGUCUAUGUGUUUGUUUUACAAGGAUGAUAAUGGUGUAUCACAUCUCUAAAAGUAAGUGACAGAAAGGCAUGGACUGGAGAAGGAUGCAUGACACAGCAGCAUGGAGAGAAGCCCGGAAACAUGCAGUGGAGGUGACUCUGGACCCAGACACGGCUCACCCACAGCUCUACAUUUCUGAUCUGAAAUCGGUAAUAUUUAAGGAAGUUCCACAGGAUGUGCCUUACACAGAGAAGAGAUUUAAGAGAAAGUGUGUGGUGGCUUCUCAGGUUUUCCAGACAGGAAAACAUUACUGGGAAGUUGAUGUAGGACACAAUGAAAGUUGGUGUUUGGGAGUCUGCCGGGAUGAUGUGCACAGGUGGGAGGAGGACUUGGAGUUGUCUCCAAUAAGGGGGUACUGGGUCCUUCGACGGAAAGAAGAACAUGAGUAUUAUACAUUAGAUCCUGGUAGAAUCAACAUUAUUCUCCAAAUCCAUCCUACAAGAGUGGGUAUCUUCUUAGACUGGGAAUGUAGGUCCAUUUCUUUCUUCAGUGUAAAUGAUCAAUCCCUCAUUUAUACCAUGAGCUAUCAAUUAGAAGGUCUGUUGAAACCCUACAUCCUGCCUCAGACCUAUAAAGAGAAAGAACUGACUCCUCUAUUCAUCCCUCCUUGUCUCAGGGAUGAUAGAAACAUCCUUUCCUAA